AAACAAUUGUGUUAUUCGUGUUAGGAGUGUGUCUUUCAGAGUUUCAAACACAAAAAAUUCGUGAAACGUUAGCAGAAUGAUUUGGCAUAACCUUAACCUUGACAUUUGUCACAUUUAUUUGACCACCAGUCUUCCUUGGAGUUUCCAUUCUAAAGAAAGACACGAAAAUGGCAACUCUAGGGAAGAAGUUGGUGCAACAGCUCAAAAGCAAGGAGUUUAGGGAAUAUUUGAUGAGCACGCAUUUUUGGGGGCCUGUUGCCAAUUGGGGCAUACCUAUAGCUGCAAUCGCUGAUAUAUCGAAAGAUCCCAAAUAUAUCAGUGGGAAAAUGACCAUUGCGUUGUGUCUUUAUUCUGCUAUGUUUAUGCGAUUUGCUUGGAAAGUGCAGCCCCAAAAUAUGCUGCUUUUUGCCUGUCAUUUCACUAAUGAGAGCGCGCAAUUAGUGCAAUUAAGCAGGUUUCUCAACUAUAACUACCUCACCAAAAAAGAGGGCAAAGAAGAAGUUAAGUAAUUAACGUGAUUUUAGGUAAUUAAAUUAGCUGUGUAAAGUGUUCAUUUGUAAAAAGAGGUUGUUGGUACGUUAGAUAAUUAGAUAAGGUUUUUAUUACAUAACUGUGUAAUGCACUGCUCAAUUUACCUACCUUGGAGACCAAACUGAAAUUUAGGGACUGAUCUGAGAGUUAUUUUGUUGGUAUAUACAUGUUAUUUGUAUAUUUUUGGAAAUAAAUAUGUCUGUUUAAAA